AUGUCCGCCGAUCUGUUUGCCGCCUUUGUCACCAGUGAUGGCGAAGGCUAUUCCGCCGAACCUAAUGUCACAGGUCAAUCGCAGAAUGUGCUGUCUAAGUCUUGGGAUAACGAACUCCAUCCGACAACAGGGCUGGACCACGCUCCUGUCGUUCAAUCAAAGAAAGCUCUAAUUUCGCCGCUAUGGCAAAAAGACUCGCGAGGCACUGAUGUGCUCUUUGAUGCUGACGCAGCAGAGGACGAUGAUGAUUUCGGCGACUUUGAGGACGUCGAUGCUGCCGAUGCACCCGGUCAGGCUCCGAAGCCUCUUGUGGAAGGUGAUCAGUCUAAUAUUACUCGGCCAAUUAAUCCUGCCCAAAAUACUCCCGAUCUCAUAACCUUAGAGCCAGGGGAUGGGGCCCCAGCCACUGACCCAGGCGCAUCUGAGGUUCGCAAACAGCAAGAAUCACAAAUAUCUCUAUCGCCUACGUGUGAUCUCCCAGAACCACAAGCACCCUGGGAUGGUGACUGGGGUGAUUUUGAAGAGACAUCGCCCGCAGGGAAGCCUCCAGCUCAUUCUGGAGAGUCCAGGCUCUCCAAUCAGCCUGCGAAGAUGGAUUCCGAACCUGCCGAGGAAGUUGAUGAAGAAUGGGAGCCCUUCGAAGAUGGCCAACCACAACAGUCACGCUCUGACACGACCAAUCAAACUCAAGCCCCAGCUACAUCGAUGAGGGCGGGACGCAACGCUAUACUAGCCUCAAACGAGGCUGCGGAGAGGCCAACCAACGUACCCCCUCCCUCUAUGCUUCUUCAGCUCCUGUCUUCUGUGUUUGAGGCAGUACAUGGUCUGAACAACAGUGGGGAAGAAUCCAAGCAAGUUCUUGGGUCGAGAAUCCUUCUCGUAUUCCGCGUUGUAUCAAGGAUCAUCGCGGGACGGUCAUUACGUUGGAAGCGAGACACGAUCUUGGCACAGAGUAUGAGGAUAGGACAAGCCGGAAGCAGUCGAGGCAUGAAGCUGGCGUCCGUCAACCGAGGCGAGAGCGCAAGAGAAGAGAGGGAAGUUGAGGAUUUGAUCGGUCAUUGGUCCAGAUAUGCUCAUGAGUUCAACAGCAUCCUUGCUCAAGCACAUAUGACAGGACAUCGAUUGAAGCUUUCGUCAUCCCUUUCUUUGAAGAUAGUCAAGAGUGCCGGGUCUGGGAAACAGUGCGCUCUAUGUGGUCUUCAAAGAAACGAGAGAAUCAACGGCAUUGACACAGACACGGAAGAUCUCUUUGGCGAAUUUUGGACCGAACAUUGGGGACACAAGGACUGCUGCGAGUUCUGGUAUCUCUACAAGAAGCUUUUAGGCCAGCGAUGA